CGUGGUGAACACAAAACUAGACUGGCGACGGCCCGAAUCAUAUGCAGUUUGGGAUAUCUCCCUUGCGAGAAAGUGCUAAAAUAUGUGGCGGGGGCCUCGUUUGCGGGCUGCGCUCGCGCCGCAGGCUGCACGCCGGCAUCUGCUGGCGCUGAACCUCCUGCUCCAAAUUGCCCACCUGCUGUGGCCCCCACCCGUGCAUGACCUUCUGCUGCUGGUGGCCCCGCUGCGGGCGCUCGAGCCUCAUCGGCGAGCUCGUUGACCAUCUUGGAGAGCUGCCCGAUGAGAUCCAGCCCUGAGGCACCGUCCGUGUUGAGCUUGCUGAGCUUGUCCUUGAUGGUUGCUGGGCUGAUGCCACCCUGCACGCCGUAGGGCGCGGCGGCCUCUCGCUUGGCCUCCACGAGCUCGACCUCGAGUUUCUCAAUCUCCCACGUCGUCUUGUGCACCUGCUGCAAAGUCUUGAAAGCAUUUUCCUGGUCGCGAUGAAGCCUCGACUUCGCAUCUGCCAUCUGACGAGCUACGCGAUCCCCUCUCUGAGGCGCUGUCUUGACAACUGCCCCAGCAGCAGCAGCAACACGACGAGCAGCGUUCACCUUCGUGCGAUUCCCCUGGUUGAGGGCAAGCUUGGCAGCCUCUCGCGUCGCGUCGUCGAAGCCAACCCAGGUCUUGACCUGUUCCGCUGUGAGGGCGUUGCCAGGCCAAUCUGUGCUGCACCUGGGAUCCAAGCCGCCGCAUCCGUUGCCGUUGCCGUAGAAGUUGCUGCCAUUGCCGCCGCCGAAUGUCUUACGAUCCUGCCCGCAUUGGCGACGAGGGGGUUCGCCAGCCCACUGCCCGCGAACGGGGGGUGCUCGAGCUUCUCAACGCUGGCGAUGCGAGCGAGGCCGCACUAAACUGCAACCGGGCUGUUCCUCAACUGGGACGGGACGCUGGACGCAACUCUCCACAUACGCACUGCAAGAGCAGCCAUGGCCGAGACAAACAUAAUAUGAUCAAUGCAAGCCACACACACAAACACGCGCGCGCCGUCGAAGGAUCUGUCCGCGGCCCAGCGGUCUCCGCUUGGGGGCCGCGGGCAAAAUCAUCUUGAGCCAACAUGGUUACGGAGCACCCUUUGAGCC